AUGAGCAGCCCGCCGUACUCGCUUCAGUCAGUUGCCAAACUUGCACCCAUCAUCAAAGAACGGGCCCAGAUCCUGGCCAACCGGUUGGCAGCCGGCGCAUCGGCAUCACCAUCAGGAACCGUAGAUGCGUACAAGCUGUUUGGUUUGUUCAGCCUUGAGAUAGUCUGUCAGGUUGGGUUUGCCAAGCGGUUUGACGAUGACUCCGUUGAGGGCGAUGCUUUCAAGCUGCUGCAGGCAAUGGAUGGGGCUGCGCCGACGCUCAUUUUCGACGGCAUUCUGCCUUUCUUGCGACCCCUGCGUCUUGGACAUCGAAUGCCUGGCGCCAUUGGCGAAGCAUACCGCUGCCACGCAUAUUGGACCGAGAAGUCGUAUGAAAUGGUUGAUCACUUUCUGAAGCACUCAACCAUGGACGACAAGUAUCUUCUAACACCACUGAUCAAACAAAAAGACGGAUUUCUAGAGCGAAAGCUGAAUCACGAGGAACUGGUUGAGGAGGCGAUGAACUACAUGUUUGCCGGCUCAGGAACCACGUCUUCCACACUGACGUACCUCAUUUACGAGUUGUCUAGGCCGCAGAAUGCUACAAUUCAGAGCCGUCUUCGGGACGAAGUCAUUGCCAUCUCUUCAGAUGACAUCGUUGGAAUUCGGUCUAAUGCCUAUGUCAACGCCGUUGUCAAGGAAACAUUCCGCCUCCAUCCGACCAUCAUUUCUACGAUACCUCGACUCGUCGGUGCGCCACUGCAACUUGGUCGCCAUACAAUACCAGCAGGCACGGUGGUCGGCAUGCAAAACUGGAUACACCACCGCGACCCUGCGGUCUUCCCUGAUCCUGAUCAUUUCAUACCAGACAGGUGGCUUGAUGCUACCGAGGCGAUGGAAUCUUCUCUUACGCCAUUUAGCAUUGGGAGGAGGGGCUGCAUCGGGCAGAAUCUUGCGUGGGAAGAAAUCUACUGGGUCAUUACUGCUUUGUUCCACUCUGGACUCGAGGUUAGGCUUGAGCCAGAGAUGAAAGAGGGAGACAUGGAGAUGGUGGAUCGAUUUAAUAUCGCGCCUCGAGCCGGCAAGCUUAUGGUUGAGGUAGCGAGGGUGCACCCAUCCACAUUCUAG